ACAAAAAAUGGCGGCUGAAAUUUGAAGAUCGGUUAUUUACAAUGUUUUAGCAACGAAUUAUCAUCUGAAAACGCGGCGAUCUUGAAGUGAUGAAUCAUUCAAACUCAACGACUGGUUACAGACCCUCAAGGCCCAUGUUAUGUCGCUAUUACAAUACAAAUGGUUAUUGUUUCUACGGCGAUCAGUGCCAGUUUGUUCAUGCGAAGCCUUCCUCCAACGAAGGUCGAGUGGGACCUGCGAAUAAUGGACAUCCUAUUAAUAAUGGUCCCGUAAUGAACAAUGGACCUAUUGGUCCCAAGGGGCUGAGAAGUGGAGGGUUCAAGAGUAACACAGCUGGUCUUCAUCAUAACUUAGUUGGCAACAUGGCACAGUUGUCGAUAUCAACAAAUAAGAUGCCUCCAGGUUCCCUUGGUGGGCAUCUUUCUCCUCUUUCCCCAUCAAAGAAAGCAUUUGCAUCAUCCCUGGCACCUGGAGGCCCUGUCUCACCAGUGCAUUCCCCUAGCAAGCCACCGCUUGGAUCACCAAAAGCACAUCACAAUCCAGUCACAUCACAAGCAUUUGAAUUUUUACCAUCUGCUGCGAACCAAAAUCUCCCCCAGCCAUCAAUACAUAACCAGGCGCAUGUUCCAGCUCCUCAGCAGAUGGAAUCCAUUGGUGGAACAACCUACUUUUACACUCAACAAGGACAACAGCAGCCUGCUGUGCUUUUUCCAUCGUACCAGGCAUAUAUGUCAGAGCCAUCUCACCUUGCACAUCUUCACAGCACUCAAACACGGAACAAUGCUUUCUCCAUGUCAACUCAGAUUCGACAAGAACUCAUUCACCAACAUACUCUGAGUAUGGCACAGCUUGACCCAGAUGAUAACACUGUGCCACAGGAGGUUGACAGUUACCACACCCUGUGUCCAAUAGAAGCCUUGGACACCCCAACUGAACAGCUUUUCGACUUGUGAAUACCAAAUCCAUGUUUCUUGUGGAUCAAUGGAAGAAAGUCAGCCACUCCAACCUCGUCAGUCUCAGAGAAGUCUUUACGACAAAGUCUUUUGGAGAUAACUCGCUCGUCUUCGUAUACGACUACCAUCCUGGAGCCGAAACACUCCUUAUGAGGCAUUUUUCGGGUCCAGACUCGAAUCUUCCCGUGAAUCCCGAUGGUGCAUUAGUCUUUCCCUCGCAUCCUCGUGCCGGUGGAAUGCCAAACAGACACCGGUCUGGUCACCGUAGUCCAAUGCCUGAACGGCUUAUUUGGAGUUACAUUAUUCAGCUGUCUUCUGCACUGAGAACUGUGCAUGCAUCUGGACUGGCCUGUAGAGUGAUUGAUCCUUCCAAGAUUUUAUUAAUUGGAAAUUCAAGAUUAAGAAUAAAUGGCUGUGGGAUAUUUGAUGUUCUCAGUUUUGACGCAAGUAACAGUCCAAAUGCUAUGAUUCCACAUUUUCAGCAAGAGGAUCUUACUUCCCUUGGUAAGCUUGUCCUUGCCUUGGCGUGUUAUUCUCUUCAAGCUGUCCAACGUGAACACAUUCAACAGUCAUUGGAAUACAUGGCUAUGAACUACUCGUCAGAUCUUAAAAAUCUUAUUCUAUACCUUCUCAGCAGUCCUGUGCCAGCAGCUCACAUGAAGACCGUGAAUGACAUUAUGCCGAUGAUUGGAGCCAGAUUUUAUACACAACUGGACGCUGCGCAAGUCAAGUGCGAUGUUUUAGAGGGCGAACUGGCUAAGGAAAUGGAGAACGGCCGCCUUUUCAGAAUCCUCUGCAAGAUUGGAAUCAUCAAUGAACGGCCAGAGUUCACCAUGGAUCCAAGUUGGUCGGAGACUGGUGACCGAUAUCUUUUGAAGCUGUUUAGAGACUAUUUGUUCCACCAAGUAACUGAAAAUGGUGCACCAUGGGUAGACUUGGCUCAUAUAGUUGCCUGUCUGAACAAGCUGGAAGCGGGGACAUCUGAGAAAGUUUGUCUAAUGUCCCGAGACGAACAAUCCGUGUUGGUUGUUUCAUAUCGUGAUCUGAAGCAGUGCUUCGAAGGCGCUUUUGGUGAAAUAAUCUCUGCUUCUCUGGCGUAAACACGCCUUUUAUUUAAUCGUAGAUGACAUAAUGUUAGAUUCUUUUUUAGAAAAAGUUCACCUCAAAAAUAGCUCGCGUGGUACACGUGAAAGAUUUGGAGUGAAAGACACGCAUACGUGGAGUGUGGAUGAGUUGCCCGCGAAAAAAAUCUUCCAUGUGCAACACUUCGGUUGUUUUAAUCACAGCGACAAUAGAUAUUUUCAGAGGUUUAGAAGGUAAAGAUGGGUCGCCGUAGAACCUUACCCGCCUUUAGUGUAGCAGUUCCUUUUAUGAUUGAAGCUAAUUUUAUGCAAAAUGUCUUUUUGAGUGGAGAAAUCUUAGAAAAACAACUUAAACUUCAUUUCCUGCGUAGAUACAUCAACUAAUGCAGAUCUGUUAUCGUGCGUUUCAUGUAUCUUAUUAACCAAGCGGGAGGGCCGUACUGGGAGAAUAUCGGCGCGAGGUCUUGACAGUA